AUGACGUCUUCUAAUACUAAUAACUCGUUGGAGUCCGAUAUUGCAGAGCUGCUGCGUGUCCAAACUAUUAACUUUUGCAACGAUGAUUCCGAGUCUCCCCACCCCCUUCAAGUUGGUGGCAACCGUUCUCAAAACCCUAAUAUGGGGGUCACGGCCAAAGUCUCCUUGAAGAUACUGACGGAAGCUUCGAAUGAGUUUGAGAAGCACGAGAAUUCUUUCUCGAAAUAUACGGAACACUUAUCGAAAUGUCCUGUCGAAUCGGUACUGAUCCUCUUGGACAUCGCCCACGGUACCGAAUUACUCGUUCCAAACAAGGCCUCAAUUCAGGAGAAAGGCUCUGAAUUGAACAAAAUCUCCGUUGCCAACCUCUGCGACCUAGUUGAUAGAGCUGACGAUCUUGGCCUGGCGCAUCUCUUGGGCCCGUACCUAGAGCAUUUGAUGACUGCACAGUACAAUAAAAACAAGCUUUCAGCAGUCUUUGUUGACAUCGCUGCUUGGCUCGCCUGGAAGAUUGGCGCGGGGAUUUUGUAUGACGAAAUGAUCGACCACCUGGCAUUUAUCUGCGAACUCGACGAGCUAGGCAAUGUCCUAAGGCCGGGAUCCAACGGGGCGCCGAUCUUUAAACAUACCCUUCAUGACACUUCAAAAGAUAGUGACGAAGUUCCCGCCAACGUGGCUUUUGUCCGUGAAGAGAGACUGAAAGACGUGAUCGGGGAGCUCAGGCACGCUGUAUCGCUCGGCAAUGGUAGCAAAGAAUGCAUCGCCAACGACGUAUCAGAGAAUGAACGAGUUAAGUGCACUAACGCCAUUCACGACUACAUGACUCAAGAGUCCAGACUCAAGAUCAGUCAGAAGCUUGAUAUCAAUGGCCUGGACCAGGUCUUCCUAGGUGGAAAUACUUCAACUUAUAGGGGCAGCAUCAAGGACUUGCGGCAGAGGUUGUUGGCGGUGAAAUGCGAAGCCGCACACGAGACAUGCGAUCCCUUUAGUGAGAUGAGAAAAGUGUUCCAAAAGGAACCAGGCUGGACUCCUCUUGAAUUGGCUAUGAAACGUCAGGAACAUUUCAAGAAGCAAGCUGAAACCUUCAAAUGGACGCUGAAUUAG